CUCAAAAAAAGUCCCAGGGCAAAAGACCAGCAAAAGGUGCAAGACUCUUUUACGCAUCUCGACUGGCGCCUGUCUCUCUGCUUUGCACCCAAUUGCAUCGCGUUUCCACGUGUGGAACGACAUAAUACUUAUUUUCUUCCGAAUUUGAGGCGAUUAGCCAGGCUUCAUCCAGCUUUUUUCCCCUUCUCCAUAUCCCGUUUCUGCCGGUUGCGACAGCAGGAACAUAGCCAAACCUCGUGGCUCGAGCAACAACACCUCCCAGCUGACUGCUGCGCGAAGCACCUUAACAACAGCAAGAAAUAGAGGAGGGGCAACAAGAAGACGAAAAAGAAAAGAGGCACUAGGGGAAAACUCUUAUCAACAAACGCGACCCCUCCAGCGAAUGCGAAGGACCACCCUGACUUACACGUCCUCCCUCCACAAGCCGGUCACGUCGCAACAGUCAUGGCUUUCAGCUUCGCGAACCAAGGAAAUGCCACGGCCGGAGGAGGAGGAGGACUGACUCAAGGCCCCGAGCUGGAGGUGAUCCAGACCGAGGCGCUUGGUUUCAAGUCGAUUGCAGGCGACGCGAAGCUCCGACUCACAUCCGCCUGGUCCCCGCCGCCCGCCGAUACCGCCUCGCUCAUUAGCAUCGCCUCCCGCCGAGGCCUCGUCGCCGCCGCCGGACCCGACGGUAUCACCAUCACCUCGACCGACUCCGUGCGCAAGGGCUUCGAGGGCGAAAAGGAAGGCGAUUCCGAUGUUCGCGCGUUCCAGCCGCAGGGCAAGCUGCCCAUGCCUAUGAGGGUGUCGCAGCUCGCCUUCAGCGCCGAUGAGAACUACCUGAUCCUCUCCGCCGAGAGCGGAGGCGGUCUCGCGGUAUACGAGGUCGAAAGCCUGCUCCAGGGUGCUACGAAAGCUGCGUUCGAGCUAGCGACGAACGGCGAAACGCUGAGGGCGCUCUUUCCGAACCCCACGAUCGAGAAGGCGGAACUGUGCGCCAUUGUGACGAAUAACGGCAACCUACACAUGGCGAACCUGAAGGAGAGGUCAGUCAGCAACGCGCUGAAGGCACAGGUCAGCUGUAUAAGCUGGAGCACGAAGGGAAAGCAGCUGGUGGCGGGCCUGGCGGACGGAACCAUUUUCCAAAUGACCCCUGAGGGUGAAGCCAAGGGCGAGAUUCCGCGGCCACCAAACGUGUCGGAUGCUCACGUAUCUUCUCUAACUUGGCUGGAAAAUCACCUGUUCCUCGCCAUCCACACAUCAACUUCAGAGUCCCCUCCAAUUUCAGUAUACCAUCUCAUUACAAGAAAGCUGCCAUCAGAUUUUACUUUCCAAAAGUUGAACGACCCCGUCGACCCAUUUGGCGCCGAAAAGCCGCCUCACCACUCAAUACUGAGGCUCAAGGAAUUCCCUCCCAACCUUUCAGAUCUCCUCAUCGUGGCAUCAACCGUCUCCCCAGACAUCGGCCUCCUCAGCAGGGCGAAGUCACCUCUGACUUCUGAUCAUCCAGUCGACACCACCGGGGUCUUUACCACAACAGAACUAGCCGAUGACUCAAAACGUGCUUCUCUGCCCAUGACUGACAGCUUUGAGAACACCAUCCCCAUUGGUGUCGCUCUUGAUCUCUCAGCCAAGGACAAGGUGUACAAGCCCUUGCCCGCCGAUGAAGAGAUUGAGGAUUCUCCGGGCCCAGUGCCGGGUUUGUGGGUGCUGAACAAUGAAGGUGUCCUCAGUUCAUGGUGGAUUAUCUACGAGGACUCCAUCAGGCAGGGCACGACAUACCCUGGCAUGGCCGCGCUUGAUACUUCCGCGCCCCCUGCCGGCACAUCCACCUCGACACCAGCAGCAGCACCGGCCCCGGCCCCGGCUUCGAACACAUCAGCAUUUGGCGCUCCUUCGAGCACCCCGGCCUUCGGUUCGGCAUCCGCCUUGGGCUCAGGCCAAAAGGCCUCACCAUUCGGUUCUAGUGGAUCCAAGAUCCCUACAUUUGGUGGCUCGUCAGCCCUGGGGUCUAAGGCUUCACCAUGGGGCGCUGCGACGACGUCUUCCACCGCUCCCGCAACCUCUGGUUCUACGUUUGGCAGCGGCAGCCCCUUUGGUGGCAGCUCAGCUACAUCUGGCUCUCCUUUUGCUCAGGCCUCCGCAACGAAAUCAGCGUUCGGCACUGGCGGCUCUUUCGGAAGCCCUUCCGCCACAACUCCAGCUGCAAACAAGUCGGCAUUUGGCAGUGGCCCGGCGUUUGGCCAGCCUUCAUCAGUCGGUUUUGGUCAGUCGUCGUCGCUUGGACAGAAGUCUUCUCCAUGGGCGUCAGGCGGAGCAUCUGGUGCGAACACGUCUGCGUCACCGGCGUUCGGUCAGCCUAGCAGCUUCGGAACAUCCGAGAAUAAGAGUGUGUUUGGCGGUGGAUCAGCAGCCAAACCUGCACCUGCGUCUGGGGGAUUCUCUAGCUUUGCUAGCUCUGGUGGCUUUGGUUCUCUUGCGAAUAAGGGCAACGAGGGCAGUAGUGUUUUCUCCAGCAAGCCUUCGUCAAGUCCAUUCGGCUCUGGGGGUCAACUGGGCGCGGCUUCUAAGGAUACCGCAUUCCCUCCCCCGAGCUCGACUGGCCCGGCGACUAGCAAUCCCUUCAGCCAGCCUUUCAAGUUGGGAACCACCUUCGAGGCAGAUCCCUCUGCCAAGGACGAUGAUGAGAAGCCUUCUACCCCUGGCGGAUCGUCUCUGUUUGGCAGCAACUUCGGUUCUGCACUUGGAAGCGCCGUGACGAAGACUCCUCCUAAGGAAACGACCACGGAAUCAAACGAAGAGACACCAAAGCCCAAAUCGGUCUUCAGCCUGGGCCAAUCCACAACGCCUAAAGAAACUCCAGCACCUUCCAAGUUUGGCUUCCCGCCGACUUCAACAUCAGCCCCCAAGAGUGGCUUGUUUGGAUUCCCUUCUCAACCAGCCACUGGAGGUUUGUUUGGUUCUGCAAAGCCAGUAGAGAAGACACCAGAGGUCAAGGCCGAGUCCAGCACUCCUCUGCCCCCUGAUACGACAAGCAAAAACUCAUACCCUCUUGGCGAUUCCUCGUCUUCCUCGGGCACCGGAAAUGUUCCUUCAGACGGUGGAAGUAAGGCUUCGCCUCAAGUGGACAAUGCGCCUCUGCCUCCUGAUUUCCUUACUACGCCAAAGGCAACGUCAACGAAGGCAGCCAAUGCUGCUCCGCUACCGCCGGAUUUCCUCAAGCCUUCAAAGCCAGAGGGAAGCACUACCCCAGCCGACGAAGCUCCUCUCCCACCCGACUUCCUCACGCCCAAGCCUGGCAAGACCGCAGUGUCUGCCACGCCUUCGGCGGCGCUUCCUUUGCCAGCAGACGACCAGUCCUCGCCCGAGGAGCUUGAACGGCCCAAAUCGACUGCACCUGCUGCGGCUCCGGACUUCCUCAAGAUGCCCAAGCAAUCCUUGUCGUCGGCAACGUGGUCGUCUACCCCUCAGAACACCACACCUGCGGUAAACGAUGCUCCGUUGCCGCCAGACUUCCUCACUAAGCCCAAGGAGCCUGCCUUCCCCUCCAUUCCGACUGUGCCUGAUAGUGAGCAUGACACCGAUCUUGAGGAUGAGGACGACGAUGAUGAGUCUGAGGGCAGCGGCGUCAUUGUCUCCAAGGACCAAAGCCCAUCAAUGACGGCGAUGACCCCUACGGCGGGCAUGACCCCGCAAAGCUCGUUCGGUGGUGUUAGUAGCAGCACCUACUCGGUCCCACGGACAGAGGAAGAGAGACCGCGGGCAUCGUUGUUUGGCGACCUGAGCCGCAAUGCUCCCAUGUUUCCCCGACCGUCCCAAACCAGCCCUCGCUCUCCCAGCCCAGUCCGUGGCGCUGUGCCAGGCCGUAUCAUGCGCCAGGAGUCUGCUCGUUCGGUUAGUGCCCCGGGCAUGGCAUCUCAGAUUCUUGCGGCCCAGAAACAGCAGCCUUCGCAAAUGGGGUCAUCCAUUGUUGGGAAUAAAUCCAACGAUGAUCACUUCAUUGCUCAGCAAAGACUUGCGCGCCAAAGGCGGCAGGCUGAGGAGACCAGGGCACUGGAGGAUGAGGAGGAUGAUGAGAUUCAGAAGAUUCUUGCCUCCAAGAUCGAACCCACAUUAAAGCUGGAUGACUUCAUCGCCCACUCAAACGUUGUACCAUCAGCCAAGGAGACCAUCCCGGCCCAGGUGGAGGCAGUGUAUCGCGACAUCAACUCGAUGAUCGACACCCUUGGUCUGAAUGCUCGCUCUCUUGCCAGCUUUCUCAUGGGGCACGACAUCGGAUUCAAGGCCGGAGGCCGACGCAAGCAAGACCUCGAGAACCCAGAUAGCUGGGUUCUCUGCGAGAUUGAUGAGCUCGGAGAAGUCGUUGACAGAUCUUUGGCUCAGGAUCUCGAGGAUGGCCGUGUUCACGAUGUUGAAGAGAAGCUUGAGGCGUGCAAUGAGCUCGCCCGCGAAAUGUCUCGUCUCCGAUCCAAGCAAGAUGAUCUUAAGAAGAUCAUUAUGGUGAAGACGGACCCCGACCAAGCCGACAUCAGCCGCUCUCUGCCUCUGAGUACCGAGCAGGCAAGUCAGCAGAACGAGCUGCGUCGUGAAUACACAAACUUCACCAAGCUUCUCGCCGAAGCCGAGGAGGCCUUGACGAUCCUGAAGACUAGAAUCGCCGCCGCGAACAGCGCAUCUGGAAAGGGCAACUCCAACAUGCCUACCGUCGAGGCCGUCAUGCGGACCAUUGGCAAGAUGACCAGCAUGGUGGAGAAGCGAUCCGGCGAUAUCGACGUCCUCGAGAACCAGAUGCGCAAGCUCCGCUUCUCGUCGGUCAACAGUCGCGAGGGCUCCCCGCUGGUUACGCCCCAGCGGAACAGCCGAUCCAUCCUCUUCUCGCCCGAGCGAUCUGCCGUGAUGGCGUCGCCCGGCACCCUGCGCAACUCGAUGGUGUCGUCCGUGGCCUCGUACGGCGGCCGCGGCGGCACCGGCACGCCCCCGCGCAAGAAGCUGAGCGGGUUCAGCGGGGAGGAGAAGUCGGAGCUGAUGGCGAAGCGGGCCAAGCGACAGGCUGUGCUGAACAAGCUCAAGGCUAAUGUCGAGAGGGCGGGCGUGAGCGCGUGGGCGAUGGAGGAUAUUGAAUGA